GGUCAGCGCUGUCGUGUCGGGAAUGGAAUGUGUAAGUGUAACAUUCAGAACCGGGUAACAUUCGGCGACCGAACGCGGCGGUCGGCAGUGCUAGCGCGGGGCCUGCGAAGCACCGCUCGGGGCCGGCACUGCCGGCGGGGAGGACGCGCCGCCGCCGCCGCCGCCGCCGCCCCGCGCCGCCCCGUGCCGCCGGCCGGGCCGCCGCGCGCCCGGGGAGCCGGCCCCGUGAGCGCAGGAGUAAACACCGGCGGAGUGUGGGAGCCGCUGCAGAAGGGAAUAAAGAGACAUGCAGGGAUUUGUGAGGUUACGGCGCCCCAGCUGCAAGAUGCAUUAGCCGGCUGAAGCCGGGGCGGAUUGACUUGUUGGAACCGUAGUGCUCUGCAACCGGAGUGUGGAUGAGUUGAAGUUGCUUUCCCCGGGCUCGUUCUCCACGCCGCCGAGAGGAAUCGGAGCGGAGAGGCAGUCACUUCGUCUUGCCAUUGAUUGGGUAUCGGGAGCUUUUUCUUCCCUGCUCUCUUUCUUUUCCUCCGUCUUGUUGCAUGCAAGAAAAUUACAGUCCGCUGUUCGCCCGCCCUGGGUGCGAGAUCUUCUGCCCGGCUCUCUCCCGUGCAUUGUGCAGCCCAAAGAUGAAAGACCGAAGGGGAGAAAGUUAAAGAAAUCGCCCACAUGCGCUGGAUCAGUCCACGGCUUGGGGAAAGGCAUCCAGAGAAGGUGGGAGCGGAGAGUUUGAAGUCUUUACAGGCGGGAAGAUGGCGGACUGGAGCUGAAAGUGUUGAUUGGGAAACUUGGGUGAUUCUUGUGUUUAUUUACAAUCCUCUUGACCCAGGCAGGACACAUGCAGGCCAAAAAACGCUAUUUCAUCCUGCUCUCAGCUGGCUCUUGUCUCGCCCUUUUGUUUUAUUUUGGAGGCGUGCAGUUUAGGGCAUCGAGGAGCCACAGCCGGAGAGAAGAGCACAGUGGUCGGCAUGGCUUGCACCAGCCCAGUCCGGAUCAUUUCUGGCCCCGCUUCCCGGACGCUCUGCGCCCCUUCUUUCCUUGGGAUCAAUUGGAAAACGAGGAUUCCAGCGUACACAUUUCCCCCCGGCAGAAGCGAGACGCCAACUCGAGCAUCUACAAAGGCAAGAAGUGCCGCAUGGAGUCCUGCUUCGAUUUCACCCUUUGCAAGAAAAACGGCUUCAAAGUCUACGUCUACCCGCAGCAGAAAGGGGAGAAAAUCGCCGAAAGUUACCAAAACAUUCUAGCGGCCAUCGAGGGCUCCAGGUUCUACACCUCGGACCCCAGCCAGGCGUGCCUCUUUGUCUUGAGUCUGGAUACUGUAGACAGAGACCAGUUAUCACCUCAGUAUGUGCACAAUUUGAGAUCCAAAGUGCAGAGUCUCCACUUGUGGAACAAUGGUAGGAAUCAUUUAAUUUUUAAUUUAUAUUCUGGCACUUGGCCUGACUACACUGAGGACGUGGGGUUUGACAUCGGCCAGGCGAUGCUGGCCAAAGCCAGCAUCAGUACUGAAAACUUCCGACCAAACUUUGAUGUUUCUAUUCCCCUCUUUUCUAAGGAUCAUCCCAGGACAGGAGGGGAGAGGGGGUUUUUGAAAUUUAACACCAUCCCUCCUCUCAGGAAGUACAUGCUGGUAUUCAAGGGGAAGAGGUACCUGACAGGGAUAGGGUCAGACACCAGGAAUGCCUUAUAUCACGUCCAUAACGGGGAGGACGUCUUGCUCCUCACCACCUGCAAGCAUGGCAAAGACUGGCAAAAGCACAAGGAUUCUCGCUGUGACAGAGACAACACCGAGUAUGAGAAAUAUGAUUAUCGGGAAAUGCUACACAAUGCCACUUUCUGUCUGGUUCCUCGUGGUCGCAGGCUUGGCUCCUUCAGAUUCCUGGAGGCUUUGCAGGCUGCCUGUGUCCCUGUAAUGCUCAGCAACGGAUGGGAGUUGCCAUUCUCCGAAGUGAUUAAUUGGAACCAAGCUGCCGUCAUAGGCGACGAGAGAUUGCUAUUACAGAUUCCUUCUACAAUCAGGUCUAUUCAUCAGGAUAAAAUCCUAGCACUUAGACAGCAGACACAGUUCUUGUGGGAGGCUUAUUUUUCUUCAGUUGAGAAGAUUGUAUUAACUACACUAGAGAUUAUUCAGGACAGAAUAUUCAAGCACAUAUCACGUAACAGUUUAAUAUGGAACAAACAUCCUGGAGGAUUGUUCGUCCUACCGCAGUAUUCAUCUUACCUGGGGGAUUUCCCUUACUACUAUGCUAAUUUAGGUUUAAAGCCCCCCUCCAAAUUCACUGCAGUCAUCCAUGCUGUGACCCCCCUGGUCUCUCAGUCCCAGCCAGUGUUGAAGCUUCUUGUGGCUGCAGCCAAAUCCCAGUACUGUGCGCAGAUCAUAGUUCUUUGGAAUUGUGACAAGCCUCUACCAGCCAAACACCGCUGGCCUGCCACUGCCGUGCCUGUCAUCGUCAUUGAAGGAGAAAGCAAGGUUAUGAGCAGCCGGUUUCUACCCUACGACAACAUCAUCACUGAUGCUGUGCUCAGCCUGGAUGAGGACACUGUGCUUUCAACGACGGAAGUGGAUUUUGCCUUCACCGUGUGGCAGAGCUUCCCAGAGAGGAUUGUGGGAUAUCCUGCUCGCAGUCAUUUCUGGGAUAACUCGAAGGAGCGGUGGGGAUAUACAUCCAAGUGGACGAAUGACUACUCCAUGGUGUUGACAGGAGCUGCUAUCUACCACAAAUAUUAUCACUACCUGUAUUCCCAUUACCUGCCAGCCAGCCUGAAGAACAUGGUAGACCAACUGGCCAACUGUGAGGACAUUCUCAUGAAUUUCCUGGUGUCUGCUGUGACAAAAUUGCCUCCAAUCAAAGUGACCCAGAAGAAACAGUAUAAGGAGACAAUGAUGGGACAGACUUCCCGAGCAUCCCGCUGGGCUGACCCUGACCACUUUGCCCAGCGACAGAGCUGCAUGAAUACAUUUGCCAGCUGGUUUGGCUACAUGCCGCUGAUCCACUCUCAGAUGAGGCUGGACCCGGUCCUCUUUAAAGACCAAGUCUCAAUCCUGAGGAAGAAAUACAGAGACAUUGAACGACUUUGAGGAAGCCCCACCGAGUCGGGGAGGGGAAGCAAGCUGGGCGUCCAGCUGCUCUCUCCUCCCUCCCAAUGCAGAUCCGCUCACGCCCAGCAUUGGAGCCAGACUGUGCCAAGUAUCAAAAAAAUCAAAAAAAAAAAAAAAAAAUCAAAAAGACAAAAAAGACAAAAAAGAAAAAGGAAAAAAUAAACAGCUUAGAUGAACACAGUGACAAAACUCGGCUGGAAUCCUGGCUCCUGGGGCUGCGCCAGACUGCUCCAGUCACCUCACUGGCUUCUGUGUCCCACAACUAGGUUGUGUACAGUUUAAUUAUGGAACAUUAAAUAAUUAUUUUUGAAAUGAUUGCUAUGCAGGUUUAAACUUUUUUAAUGAUCAAAACUAUUAAAAACCAGAGUUCUUUCUUUAAUCAAAA